UCUGGCUGUCAUUGGCUCAAAGAGUCUGGGCGAGGAACUGACGAUUCCUAACUUAGCACUUCACUUGGUGUCGAAUUGUAUUUCUUUAAUAAAAAGAUAAGGAAUGUUUUUUUUUUACAUUGAAGCAGAGCAGUAGAAAUCUUGGUGUGUAAGGUGCAGCCUGUGCCUGGGUUUGCAUCGACUGAGCCCCGGGGCUGCAGUCUCUGGGUGUGGAAUCUGUUCAUUUCCUGGUUAAAGUCGCCGGCUAAAGGAAGAGGAGGAGGAAGUUAAACCAUGGAAGGGAAUAGGGACGAGGCGGACAAGUGUUUGCAGAUUGCCAGGAAAGCAUUGCGGGAAGGGGAGCCGGAGAAAGCGCUCAAAUUCCUCAACAAGGCGGAGAAGCUGUAUCCUUCUGCCGAGGCGAAAGCGUUAAUAGAAGCAAUCACCAGAAAUGGGAGUGCAGCUGGUGGUGGGCAUCGAUCUGAAUCGGGUAAACCGUACCAGCGGAAAUCUGCAGGCGCUGGGGUCGAAAAUGGGCCCACAUCGGAGAAGGAGAACAAAGCUGAUUCAGCAAAGGUCUACACAAAAGAGCAGCUGGAAGGAGUCCAGAGGAUAAAGCGAUGUAAAGAUUACUACGAGAUUCUCGGGGUCAGUAAAGAUGCAUCUGAAGAGGAUCUAAAGAAAGCUUACAGGAAAUUGGCGCUGAAGUUCCAUCCAGAUAAAAACCACGCUCCUGGAGCAACGGAGGCGUUUAAAGCGAUUGGAAAUGCCUAUGCUGUACUCAGUAACCCAGCGAAACGAAGGGACUAUGAUCAAUACGGUGAUGGUCAAUCCCCUGGUAACUAUCAAAAUGGAGGCUUCGAAUUUCACCGGAAUUAUGAAUCGGACAUCACUCCCGAGGAUCUGUUUAACAUGUUCUUUGGAGGAGGAUUCCCUGCAGGACACACACAGGUGUACAAUAAUGGAAGAGCUCGAGGAUCUCAUCAAUCACACCACAGAGCAGACAGAGAGGACGAGAGAGCCGAUGGAGGAUUUUCAAUGUUUUUACAGCUGUUACCUAUUAUUGUCUUGAUCCUGGUGUCAGUUUUGAGUCAAUUGAUGGUAUCUACUCCACCAUACAGUCUCUACUACAGAGCCACCCUGGAACACACCAUUAGGAAGCAAACCAGUAAUUUGAAAGUAGUUUAUUAUGUCAACAAAGACUUUGACAAAGAAUACACAGGUGUGGCAUUACAAAAGGUAGAAAAGAGUGUUGAAGAUGAUUAUGUAAACAACCUUCGAAAUAACUGCUGGAAGGAAAGACAAGAGAGAAAUGACUACCUUUAUGCGUCCAAGGUAUAUCGAGAUGACCGACUACGGAAGAAAGCUGAACUCAUGCGGAUGGAAAGCUGUGAAAAACUGGCAAGACUCAAUGAACUGUAUCGAGGAGGCUGAGGCAGUCAGCCAGGCUUUUGCCUUUAAUGUAAACGUUUUAUUGUACAGGGAGACAUUUUGAUCUAUUGACAUUUUAAAAUAAACAAUAAAUCUCAGUCUUGUAACCGAGUCUUACGUUGAGAAUCUUCAGCUGCCACCCUACUGAACACAGCACAGACUUCUGAUUGAUUUGUUGAAGACAAAGCUCUCUACAGUGACCGGUGUGUGUGUGUGUUUCACAUCCCUUCACUUUAUUCUAUACAAUACAGUGUAUUCUAGAUUAGCUUUUUAAAAAAGCACAUGAUCUAACCUAAUACAAUUAAUAUCAGUUGUAUCCAGGUUUAAGGACUACAUGCUCUCAACCUCUAGCUUCAGAGCAGUCUUGUCUGUGUUGAUGUUCACUGUGGUUUAAUUGGCACAAGUUACAACUCCACACACUUGGACCGAGCCGUGAUCCCAGUCCUUUAGAUGCUUGUGCAUAGUUGAAGAGUCUUCCCUGCUAGUGUCUGUUAUUGACAAUUUUGUACUUUAAGAUAAGUAGCUAUUUCAGAAUGAUUCCAUAGUUUGUUAAUGGUGAGGUGCAUUUCAACACAUUCCUUGAACAUGAGGUCUUGAAAUUUUAGAAACAUUCCCCAUUAUUUUGCUCUAACAAAUUGUUUUGGCAAAAUGUAUUCAUCAGCAUUUUUGUCAGUUCCUGUUAACUGAAUAAGGGAAACAGUACAGCGAUAGAUUGACAUACUCCUUAUAUUAAGGAUUAUGUGAAACGUUUUUGGGAUGAAUGUCCACUGUUGCAUGUGUGGCAGUACAUAGACUUUUGUGAAUAUUCUAUAGUUGUGCUGUAUUUCUUGAGCAGCAUUUGUUUGUGCUGCUUAAAAAUAUAAAUGACAAUGUACAUACAGAUUUAAAGAAAUCCCAUUGUGAAGACUGAAUACUAUGAUGACUGUUGUGGGAGACUGGCAAAGAUGUGGAUAGAACGGAAAAACUCACCUAGAGAUUUCCACUGGGGUGAAGAAACAUGAAGCUGACUGUUGUGGUGUUAUAAUAACAAGUUUAUUUCCAGUUGGACUCUGUUCAACUUUUCUUCCCACACCUGAUAUCAAAGUAGCGUAUCUGAUAUCCAAUGAUUUGGCAUUGACAUAUAAAUUUACACCCGAAACAUUAAAACAAUACUGUCAUAGGUACUUGAAUUCAGAAGAUAAAUUCCACUGACAGAUGGGUUGGUACAGCUUCCUAAAAAGUUGUGAACAUCUAAAGUCCACAGAACCUGGCUCUGUGUUUCUUCUCCUGCCAUGCUGAAAUCAGUUUGUGUUGUAAAUUUGGAAUGCUGAUUGUAAUAUAUAUUAUAUAAAAAUAUAUUUAACAUAACCUUCUCUCAACAUACAUCAAAUAAAAGUUAUUUUAAGCGUG